AUGGCGUCGCGGGCUGCCAUCCCCUUUCUCGUGGCCAUGAUGCUACUGACAGGUGUUUGCAAUACGCUGCUUACCAAAUAUCAGGAUAUGCAAUGUGUCCGCAAUUGCGAUGCGGAAGACCUCGCGAAACGGGCCUACUUCAACCAGCCCGUUCUCCAGACGGCGCAGAUGUUUGUUGGCGAAAUGGGUUGUUGGCUGGUCGUUGGCCUAAUGACGCUGUUUCGCCGCUACGGCCCAGGGGCGUCUCCUACUUCGAAUGGCUACGAGGCCGUCAACACGAACGAUACCGAUGACGCCAACGCUCCUCUUGUCAGCAGUCCUGCCGACAUUCCAAAGCCGCAAGAGCAGGAUCCUGGGUCCAUUCUGCGUGGCCCCCGCAUUCUCUUGCUGGCUCUCCCGGCUAUCUGCGACAUUCUCGGUACAACGUUGAUGAAUAUUGGCCUUUUGCUGGUUGUUGCUUCCAUUUACCAAAUGACUCGCGGUGCCUUGGUGCUCUUUGUUGGAGUGUUCAGCGUUGUCUUUCUCAGGCGACGUCUCUUCCUGUUCCAGUGGCUUUCGCUCGUUGGUGUAGUCGUCGGUGUCGCACUUGUUGGCUUGGCUGGGGCCAUCUACCACGAGAACAAGAGCAAGGUGGAGAACGCUGACGAGGGCUCUCCGGAGUCCAACGCCCUGCUGACCGUCAUUGGGGUUUUGCUCAUUGCCGGAGCGCAGAUCUUUACGGCUACUCAAUUCGUCCUCGAGGAGUGGAUACUGGAAAGGUCGGCCAUCGAGCCCAUCAGGGUCGUUGGAUGGGAGGGUCUCUUCGGCUUUGUUGUGACUGUUAUUGGUAUGGUCGUGCUGCACUUCGCUGUCGGACGGACCUCCGCUGGCCAGUACGGCUACUUUGAUAUGACCGAAGGGUGGAGACAACUCACUCAAAACAGGGCCAUUGGUCUGUCUAGCAUCCUGAUCAUGAUCAGUAUUGGGUACACCCUCUCCCUCCUUCAACUUACCCACUUGUUGCGCGACCACUACGCUGAACUAUGCUGA